AUGGCCUCGACCGCCAGCGUAACCGCCUCCUGCCUCUGCGGCACCUCAACCUACCCUUUCACGCUCCCCACAUCCUCUCUCCCCCUCCCGGCCCGCUUCUGCCACUGCACCACCUGCCGCCACACCUCCGGCGUCCUCUGCACAACCUACAUCACCGUCCCUCCGGACCUAAACCCGGCGCCAGACUUCUCCACCCUGACGCCGUACGACAGCUCCGACCGCCUGACGCGCUACUUCUGCAGCACAUGCGGCACGCACAUGUUCGUGCGUGAGCGGGCCUCGGGCCGGCUGAUCGUCUGCACCGGCGUGCUUAACAAAACCGCCGGGAUCGUGCAGCCUGUCGGGCACGAAUGGCUCGGCGACACGCGGGACGGCGGCGCGAGCGACUGGCUUCGCGCCAUCGAGGGUAGAGCGCAGGACCGGUGGCUCGGCGACGAGGAGAAGAGCGAGGCGGCUCCACUGAACUGGCGAAGCGCGUCCAGACACACCGGCACAGCCGCGUCUGCUGAGGCUAAACCGGCGGACAGGCUCCACGCACACUGCCACUGCAACGGCGUCUCCUUCUCCAUCUCGCGUCCCAGCGUCCACUCCCUUGACGCCGGCCCAGCGCCAUACCACUCCGGCGCCUCCGCCGAAGAUCCCGCCAACGAACCUUGGUGGCUCCGCGCCAACAGGACCAAGUUCCUAGCCGGCACCUGCGCCUGCCGUUCCUGCCGUCUAGCUUCCGGCUUCGACUUCGUAGCCUGGGCGUUCGUGCCCACCGCCAACAUCACGCUCGAGGACGGGAGUCCGUUCAAGCGGUAUUUCGGCAGUAUCAGAACGUUUGAGAGCUCCCCGGGGACGAAGAGGGCGUUUUGCGGCGUCUGUGGCGCGAGUGUGUUUUGGGAUGGGCGGGAGGGGCUGUUGGAUGUGGCGGUUGGGUUGCUGGAUGCGGAGGGCGGGGUUAGGGCGGAGGGGUGGGUGGAGUGGUGGACAAGGAGGGUGAGUUUUGGGGAGGAGGCGGUAAAUGGAAGUCUGAUUGGGGCGCUGGAGGAGGGCUUGAAGACAUGGGGUGGCGCGCGUGACGAUGCGUAG